UGGAUUUUAUAUCUAGCAGUAUUUCAAAAAUGAAAAAGUUCAAUUUAAUAGUAAUUUCAUUGCUUCUUGUGAAUUUGGGAGUUUGUGAAAAGAAUACUGAAAAAAGUUACAAAAUUCCCAAAGUGAAAUUUGGUAAUCCUCUGUCUAAAGCCAUGGCAACCAUUAUUAAAACUUUCUAUAGUAUUGAAUCACCUCAGUUAACUAUUGUACGAGUAGCUGAUAAUCAUGAAAAUGAAAUACUGCAGUCGGGAAUUAUCAAUGAGAUUCUCUACGAUGUCAAAGGUCUUAUACUGAUCCGGUUGCAAUCAUACGAUAGUAGAGAGCAUACCUUUAGAAGAUAUUUUAACGUACUUGUAGUAGAUUCCUACGAAUCUUUUCGAAAAAUACUUAACGGUGGUGGCAAAGACGCCUUUGACUUCACUGGGUAUUACACAAUAAUUCUGACGAGUGUUCUAGAGAACUACAGAGAAGAAGUGUACAAAAUCCUUAAAGAUUGUUAUCGGUCGUAUAUCAUCAAUGCGAACGUAAUAACAUUCGAUCCUUCGAACAUAGAAAAGGCCUUUGUGUUCACUUACUUCCCUUACACUACUGAGCACUGUAAUCAUGUUAAACCUGUCAUCAACGGCGUUUUUGAGAAUGAAACAUUAGAGAUGUAUUCAAAACUCUUUUCGAACAAAGUCAGUAACUUUCACCGAUGCAACAUUACUGUAGGUACCAUUGAAUAUCCACCGUUUAUGAUCCUCAAGUAUCAAGGAAAUGGUAGUUACUACUACGAUGGAUUCGAAGGGAUUAUUACAAGAGUCCUUGGGCAACGUCUCAACUUUUCUUUGAUUUUAAAGACCUCCGUCGAUCGUUGGGGCGUCGUGAAUGGGGAAAAUUCAACGGGAUUAAGUAGACUGCUCUUAAAAGGGGAAGUUAAUUUUACAAUUGGAUCAUUCGCAGCAACAUUUUCUCAUAAUGGAUCAUUCACAAAUACCAUUUCAUACUACGGAACUCCCUUAACCCUUCUUGUUCCACCUGGAAGGGCCUAUACACACAUGGAAAAGCUUUUCUUACCAAUGAAGUAUAUAAUUUGGAGUUGUAUUUCAACUAUAUUUAUCAUAUCAGCAGUUGUUGUGUCCAUAUCCAAGUUUAUAAGACCGCAUAGGAGGGCAUUCAUCUUUGGUAGGAAGAACUACUUUCCGUACAUCAACACCAUCAACGUUUUUCUAGGAGGAGUCGUACCUAUCACUCCGAUGAGAAAUUUUGCCCGGUUUUUGCUCAUGUUGUGGAUUCUAUCGAGUCUAGUUAUUAGGUCUAGCUAUCAAGGAUCCCUAUUCAACUUCCUUAAAGAUCAUAGGAAUGCAUCGAUUGCAGAUACCUUUCCAAAAAUGAUAAAGGAAGGAUUUAAAAUUUACGGUUCUGAAGCUAUACGAAAAUACUUCUCUUCAAAUGAUGUUUACUUAUCCGUGUUUAGAAAUAUAUCAGUGAGAGAAUUGGAGGACUACAAAAUGAAAAGUACUACUCCAGGAUUUAAGGGAGCUGUCGUGGCAUCGGCUUUCAACAUAGCGUACUUGAAUGAAAAGUACCACAGUCACAACAUCCGCUUCCGGAGGAGCAAGGAACAAAUAGUUCUACUCUACAUCUGUAUCUACUUGAGAAAAUACUCUUAUCUGACAAAACCUUUUGACAAGGAACUCUGGAGAUAUGUUGAAAGUGGCCUCAUCAAUCGCUGGUUAUCAGUGUUCUAUAAUAAACAGUAUCUCAAAGAUACACCAGAUAAAUCCAUACCUCAAGCUUUAACAUUUGAUCAAUUGAGUGGAAUUUUUAUGGCCUAUGUCAUUUUGCUAGUAUUCAGCUUCAUGGUUUUCCUUUUAGAAGUUCUUUCCCGAAAAUCACGUGUUCUACGUGCUUUAUGUAACUUUUUAAAUUAAUCACACAGUAUAAAAAAUAAAAUUUGAAUUGCAAAGUGUGUAAAAUUUUACAAAAAAAAUCAAAUCUCAUUUUCAGCAAAAAUGUGUAAUUUAAAAUAUCCAGAAAAUACACAAUUUUAUCGAAACUUUA